GUUCCAUUUAGCAGUUGACUGCGGAUCCAAAUCGCGUAAACUUCACUUUGGGUGGAGGGUCAUUUUUGUUUCCAUCGUGGCCUAAAGACUAUUCCAACUGCUUGACUAUGGUGAACAACGGUGCAGCACGCAGAAUGUGGAAUCUGAACCUGUCAAUACUCCUUCUCUUAAAUGCUUUUAGCACAUUAGAAGGUGCUCCGGUAGUUACUGAAAAGCCCAAAGCAUCUACUUGUGUUUUCCCUUUCAUCUAUAAGGGACAAACUUACAACUCUUGUACCAUGACAGACUAUUCCUCUCUGUGGUGUGCGACAACAAGCAACUAUGAUAAAGACUUUCAGUGGACAACAUGUUCAAGUGCUCCGGUAGUUACUGAAAAGCCCAAAGUAUCUACUUGUGUUUUCCCUUUCAUCUAUAAGGGACAAACUUACAACUCUUGUACCAUGACAGACUAUUCCUCUCUGUGGUGUGCGACAACAAGCAACUUUGAUAAAGACUUUCAGUGGACAACAUGUUCAAGUGCUCCGGUAGUUACUGAAAAGCCCAAAGUAUCUACUUGUGUUUUCCCUUUCAUCUAUAAGGGACAAACUUACAACUCUUGUACCAUGACAGACUAUUCCUCUCUGUGGUGUGCGACAACAAGCAACUUUGAUAAAGACUUUCAGUGGACAACAUGUUCAAGUGUUCCAUUGGUUACUGAAAAGCCCAAAGCAUCUUCUUGUGUUUUCCCUUUCAUCUAUAAGGGACAAAUUUACAACUCUUGUACCAUGACAGACUAUUCCAUUCCAUGGUGUGCGACAACAAGCAACUAUGAUAAAGACUUUUUGUGGACAACAUGUUCAAGUGCUCCGGUAGUUACUGAAAAGCCCAAAGCAUCUUCUUGUGUUUUCCCUUUCAUCUAUAAGGGACAAACUUACAACUCUUGUACCAUGACAGACUAUUCCUCUCUGUGGUGUGCGACAACAAGCAACUAUGAUAAAGACUUUCAGUGGACAACAUGUUCAAGCCAGAAGAAGUAA